UCCUUUGUCUUCAAAUUCUUCAGCUAACUUCACAUCAAUAAGUGUACUACGUAUACCAACGUGAAGUUAGACCAUGAAGUUGAGCGUGAGUGCGUACCGCGCACACGCGUCUGCGCAUAAGAAGAUUCUGACGUCGUCGUACCAGCAGCAUUAUGGGAGCACAGCAGCACCUCCGUGCAACCUGAACUUCACGCCUUCACAACAACCACAGGCGGAAGAGGGUACCAGCAGAACAUCAGAGGGUGAGGACAAUGAUGGCAGCGAGGUCAACGCAGGGUCCUCCCGAGUCCUCUCUGCAGCCACUUCCAGAGAGGAAGAUGAUGACUCCAGCAACAACGCCAGUUCCGAAAGCAAAAGCCCAGGACAAAGAACAAAGUCGAACCAAAGAUGGAUGAAGCUUCGCACAACGGUGCAGUUGAGUUCUGCUAUUCAAAAAAAGCCGCCAUUGAAGAGGGAAGACUCAUUUCUGAAGAGGUUCUCCACGAGACAAAUACCAGAGACACAAGAAACGGUGGAAGACACAGGAUCGGAAGGUGCGACAGGUGACCACAAGUCAAGCAACAGGACGAGACGGCGGAAAGUGCGAGCCCCGAGGACAGUGGUGAACCCUGAUGAAAACUUCUACUUCUACUGGCUCUGGCUCAUCACCCUCUGUGUGCUGUAUAAUCUGUGGACGCUGAUCGUCAGGCAGAGCUUCCCUGAGCUACAGAUAAUGUGCCACUACUUCUGGCUGACGUGUGACGGUCUGAGCGAUGUGGUCUUCGCUCUCGACCUGGUGGUGCAGCUGAGGACUGGCUAUUUGGAGCAGGGACUGAUGGUAUAUGAUUCGAAGAAACUAGCGAAGCACUACCUUACGUCACGGCCGUUUCUUUUGGAUAUUGCGUCGCUGACUCCAUUGGAUCUCCUGCAGUUGAAAUUUGGCACCAAUCCUAUGCUGCGUUUUCCUAGGUUUCUUAAGGUGUACAGAGCAGUCAGUUGUUACUACAUAGUGGAGUCUCGGACGGUGUACCCUAAUUUCUGGCGGGUCAUCAACCUUAUCCACAUCCUGCUGAUCCUGGCCCACUGGUUCGGCUGCUUCUACUUCCUGCUGUCAGAGGCUGAAGGAUUCCAGGGCGACUGGGUAUACCCCCACCGACCUGGUGACUACGCGACACUCACGAGGAAGUACCUUGGCUCCCUCUACUGGUCUACUCUGACCCUCACCACCAUCGGAGACCUGCCUACCCCCGAAACUAACGCUGAGUACGUGUUCACGAUAGUGAGCUAUCUGAUUGGCGUGUUUAUAUUCGCCACUAUAGUUGGACAAGUGGGGAACGUGAUCACAAACAGGAAUGCUAACAGGCUCGAGUUUGAGAGGCUACUGGACGGCGCUAAAACUUACAUGAGACAUCAUAAGGUGCCAGGAGGCAUGAAGCGACGCGUGCUCCGCUGGUACGACUACUCGUGGUCCAGGGGGCGCAUCCAGGGAGGGGGCGACAUAAAUACAGCCCUGGGAUUGCUACCCGACAAACUAAAGACUGAACUAGCGCUUCACGUCAAUUUGAGCGUGCUGAAGAAGGUGACCAUAUUUCAAGAAUGCCAACCAGAGUUCCUUCAUGACCUCGUGUUGAAGAUGAAGGCCUACAUUUUCACUCCAGGGGAUUCAAUAUGUAGAAAAGGGGAAGUAGCAAGAGAGAUGUUCAUAAUAGCAGAUGGAAUAUUAGAAGUUAUAUCUGAAACUGGGAGAGUGCUUACAACUAUGAAGGCUGGAGACUUCUUUGGAGAAAUCGGCAUAUUGAACCUAGACGGGCUUAACAAGAGAACAGCAGAUGUGAGGUCAGUGGGUUACUCAGAGUUGUUCUCGCUGUCCCGGGAAGAUGUACUAGCAGCAAUGAAAGACUACCCAGAAGCGCAAGACAUUCUGCAGACCUUGGGCAGGAAGCGACUACAGGAAGCCAAGAGUAUGUCCCGGCCGAGGACGAAAACAAAAGGAGGAGAUACGAGUCCUACAGCGGGUGAUGACAGCGCUCCUAAGAGGAUAGUUCACAAAUUAAGGAGCGAUGUUAAGGGUAUUCGCAACGCAAUAAGGAGCAGAUCAAGAGCUGGUCGCAGAUCUGGAGAGUCCUUAGAGUUGCAAGCGUUAGCUGGUGCGGAAAGAGGCUCAGCUACUGAUGGAAAAGUGUUGAGAAGGAUGAAUAGAGUCGAAAGUGACGACUCUCAAGCUCACAAUGCGGAGGAUAAUAAUGGAGAAACAACUUCGUCUAAGGAAGAGAAAUGUAUAUCUCCUAUUGGUGCUGGUCUGCCUUUGCUGUCUCGGUUGAAAUUGCUCAAAGAAAAACAGGAUCGUGAAGAAAAAGUAGCAAAACAAAGACAUUCGACAUCAUCAGUGGUUUCUCCUCAACCGCAACCAACACCGUCAACCAGUUCAGCGCCUGAUGCUGAACCUGAAGUGAUAGGAGCUGGUCUUCCACUUCUACAAAGACUCUUACUCCUCAAAGCCAAAGAAGAAAGAGAGAAAAACCAACUUACACCAGCAAACAGCAAUCAACCUUCCAGCUCAGAUACUAUAAGCCCUAGCUCCAUCAAAAGUCCACUUAGUCCAACUAUAAAAACCCUAAGCCCAAUUAGAAAGGGAUCAGAGUCAAGUUCCCCUGGGAAACUCCACAGUCCCACAGCCAAAACUUCUAGAAAAAACUCCUCAGGGUCAAGUGAUGGGGCCUCUCGUCCAAAAGUAAGUUUUAGAGAUAAAAUAUUGCAAGUCCAAAGCGAUGGAACAGCAGUUUGCCAACCACUCAGCAAGGAUGCAAGUGAAAAACCUGCGGCAGUGGUUGAACCAACUCCUAAAACCGAAAGUAACCUUAUUUCAAUACCACAUUCCGUUGUGAGCAAAAUCAAAUCACCAGCCAAAGCUGUCGGAUCCACAUUUAGAGAUAAGCUGAAAUUGCUUCAAAGUGGAAAGGAUCCACAAAAUUCUUCAGCAGAUACAACCAAACCACCAACAGUGGACAAAAAAGCUGUAGAAAUAACUCCUGUACAGACCACUGAAAGUAAAGAAGAGCCAAAACCUAAAAAGCCUUGGUCUAAACUAAAAAAAGCUGCAAUUUUAGGAGAAUCUAAAAGUCAAAGCAAAUCUAGUAUAGACGAAAAGAAAGAAUUGGAUACUGGUAAUGAAACAAAAGGAGAAAGUAAAGAAGCACCUGUAAAUAUACGUGUGCCUAUAGUUACUACGGCAGAGCUUGUUAAAAUAGACAAUAAUAAUAUUGAAGUUCAUAGUGAUAACGUUAAGCAAGAUAAACCUAAGAUUUGCUUAACAGGCCCUUUGGAACCCGUCCAAGAGAAGUCAUUAGAUUUAUUAACUAUGUCCCCGAAAAAGAAUAUUGUUGCAAAACCAGUUGAUACAAAAGCGAUAGUCACGCCAGGCACGAUGUUGUUACCAAGAGCAAAAAUGUAUAAGUCUAUAGAUGACCUAUCCCCAGAGUAUGGAGGCCUACCGUUUGUAAAAAAAUUAAAAAUUCUAAACGAACGACAAAAGUUAGCGGAACUAGAAAAAGUUGUAAAAUUUAGAAGUUCAAGUUUAGAUUGCACAAGUUCUUCUGAAGAUUUGCUUUGUGAUACUUUAACUAGAAGUCAUUCUGAAGGCAGCACUAUGGACAAAAGAAAAUUCAAAAGAAAAUCAACAGAUUCCACUGGAAGUCAUGGAUCGAAUGAAACUUUGGAAAGGAGAACGCUCAAAUCAAUAUUGAAGAAGUUAUCUGAAGACGUCACUCCAGCAGAAAGUCCUGAACGAAGUAAUGAGUUUAGGAGAUUAAUAAGAGCACCUACUCUUGAAGGAUAUGCUGCAAGACAUUCGAAGUUUGCAAAAAGUGUGACAUUUCAUCGACAUACCCUACCUUCACCUCCAGGAAGCGCACCAGCAGAUACACAAAGUGGUACAAUAUUCCAAAUGCCGGAAUCAAAUACAGAACCUCUUCCUCAGAUAUCUCCUCAGAUCACUGUAGAAGCUGAAGUACCAGAAACCUGUCCUCAAAAUCAAAUAGCAAGAUCUACAAAUGAAACUAUAGUUAGCACGCAAGAUUACGAACUGAAUAUCAGAGCUGAAUAUGAGUUACAACAAACCAUAGAUCCAAUGUAUGACUUUAAAACUUUGAGACCUGAAGAAAUUAAAGUGCCUUCAGAUAAACCAAAGCUAACUCUAAUAUCGGCAGUAGCGAACCAAAGAAAAUUGCUCAGAGGGUCUCUCGAAGAGCAAGAGUAUUUUGGUGAAGUUUUAUUAGGUAUAAAGCAAGUAAUCCAAGGACAUUUACACGACGUACAAGGAAAAUUUCAAGAAAGGUUCAACAGCUUAGAAAAUGAAGUACGAAAAAGAGACGAAAUUAUCAGCCAGUUACAGAAGCGUAUUCAAGAGUUAGAGAGGGUAGGAAUAUCUACAACCAGUCCUAGUUCGCAACCUGAAGAAGAUUUGCCAGUAGCUGAAGGAGAAGAUGCGGUAACGGCUAAUCAAGUGUUGGUGAAGAAUGGUAGCUCAGGUAGUGAAGAGGCCUCUGGGGCAGAUGAAGGAUUUAUGAGAGGUGACUCUCUAGAUACCGUCUUUGCCACGUCACCGCCAACAGCAAGCGCUGACGAAGAAGACAAGGACAAAACAGACCAAGCAUCAGGCAUAUCCCCAACUAUAGAAGAAAAACCUGCUUCACCUGAAGACUUAACUGAUGAAAAACUAACAGAAAUGACUGGUGGAAUCGAACUGGCCAAACUGUCAUAUUCUGAAUUACAAAGCUUAGCAGAGUCUUUAUCAAGUAGGACAGAGAAGAGAACUUCAAGUAGAGAAGAAUGGACUGUUAGCAAAUCGAAGAGAUUAGACCUGAAUUUAGAUGGCAAAGCUGGGACAUAUUCGAGGAAGCGAGCGGCAAAGUUGAAGCAACGGAAGUCCUGGGAAGAUCAGAGUGAUCAGGAGAGCAUGGAGAUGCAAGACCUUACAAGGUGGGAUAAGAAUACGCCGAUUUCUCCCCACAUGGCGUCGGAAGACCGCUCACUGCUCAGUCCGGAACAGUCUAGUCUUCGCACCAGCAGACGAGGCAUCCAUCCCUUCCAUUUCUUCGGCACACACCUGGACAACACCAAGUCAAAGAUCAAGAAGACACUCUCUGUCGACACAGGGAUGCACCAUACGGGGAGAAAAGAUAGAAAGCUCAAAACCCAACAACGGCAGCAACAUCGCAAGUUCAGUCUCGGUUCGUUCUUCGGGUAUCACCGCGGAGCGCCGCAGAAACCCACGCAUAACUGUAAUGAGGUCGUCCUUGACAUGGGCAGCGACUACAGUUGGAGCGAUACGACAUCGACGUCAUCAAGCAGUGACUCGGAGUCGAUGCCACGCACGCCGGUGUUCGAGGAGUUUGUGGAAAGCAGCUCACGACGCGGCCGAGCCGGAUCCAGCCACGGUAGCGUAUCGCCUAUAAGAGUUCUACCAGGUAGUGGGGGUGAUUGGGAAGUAAUGAUGCUAGCAGAAGAACUAGAUAAGAGAGAGAGGGAGAAGGAACGAGAAGAAAGGAGACACCACUAUCCAACUACUCUCAGGGAUUUGGAAGAGGAGUCUGACACCCCUCAGAGAGAAGAUAGUCCGGACGAGUACUCCAACAUAGAGGACUCCAACUCUUCGUCAACUACGCACUUGCUGUCGCAGUCGGUCAGUGAACCUUCGCCGAAGUCGCUGGAGACUUCCUUCACCGAGCAAGGAGUGCGGUCGCGGCCACAUCGAAUUUCUUCUGUCGGAGAAUCGAUAAGACCAGAGCUCCCUCAAUCGAGAGGUCUGAUCCUGCGAGCAGCAAGCCUGGACCGGGAGACCACUCCUGCCACGUCUCGGGCGCGACGAUUUGGCUCCUUGAAGAGUUCCAGUACUGACUCACACAAGAGACUCUGAUCCGGCUUGCCUCACGGACCUGAAGGGUCCGAUGUCUGUGGUCCAAGGGAAACGAAUGAUGUUAGAAAUACAAAACCUGAAGCUAUCGACAAAGAAGAUUUAAACGAUAAACCUUCUGGGGAAGCUUCAGAUGAUAGCGUAGAGGAAAGCAAAAAGAGAGAUAAUGUUAGUCGAAACGAAAGAGAGAAUGAAGUUUGUGAUUCGAAUGUAAGCCAAGGCAUCGACCAUCGGACGGUCAGCGGUCAAUUAUUGAUGGUGAUCAUUCUGUUCUACGAAGACAUUGAUUACUUAUUUUUCUUGAUUUUAGAAUAGACGUCGAAAUUGUGUUGUGAAUGAAACACUUUUUACAUUUUUGUGACUACUAAGAGAUACAAUUUGUGGUCCUUCGUCAGAUGAUAGUUAUUCUGGUUGAUAGGGUCAGUAUCGAUAGGGUAUCCCGCUAUUAUAUUGGCUCGUUCA